AUGACUUUCGUGGUGGUUUUCUUGGGAGCUACGCUAAAUAUUGAUCACAGUCAACGUCUAUUGACGGAAGUGGAAAUUUACCUUAUUAGCAAAAAAGAACCCUCCACUCUUCCAGAGAACGCUUCACUACUUAUGUACAUUGCUAGUUUAGAAUGUGCGGUUACUCAUGGAAAUGGCGUCACAUACCGAAUCCAGGCAAGACGCGCAAGCUGA